AUGGCCGACUUCGCUGCCGUUGUAGACAACAUUACUGCACUAUUGUGGCAAAGUUUUACACUGCGCAACGUCUUGUUGUACUCGACUCUCCUCCUGCUUGCACGAUACACAUUUAACCGUCUGAAGCACACCAACCUACCCCCUGGUCCAUGGGGUCUACCUAUCAUAGGAGCGAACUUUAGGAUCGGUUAUAAGAAUCCGGCCGAGGCGUUAAUGGAAAUAAGCCGUAAAUACGGCCGAAUCUUCAGCAUCCGUUUUGGUCCUCAGCUGGUCGUUGUCAUCAACGAUGUAGAACUCGCCAAGGAAGCUUUUGUGAAGAAUGGUGAUGUGUCUAGUGGGCGGCCGCAUCCCACUGAUAUUGGGUUCUCACUUAGAAAGAUGCCGGCUCAGCUCAUCCGAUCCGAGGGUAAAGACUGGCGGGAUCUCCGAAGCUUCACACUCAAGGCCCUUCGCCAAUUCGGCGUCGGCACCCGCGAGAUCGAAAACUUCAUCGAGGACGAGGCGCAGCUCCUCUGCGCAGCCCUUGAGAAGGAGAAGGAUAACCCCCUCGACCCCAGGAUGCUUCUCAACAUGGCCGUCGCCAACGUCAUCUGCUCGUUUACCUUCGGCCAAAGGAUGGAGUACUCAUCCCCAGAUCUACUCAAGAUCAUCGAAAGCAUCCAGGAUAUUUCCAGAGACACAUCUCUGACCAAUCUGAUGCAAGUGUGGCCGUUGCUGAUUCUACUUCCGGGUUACAGCGCCGUCAGGAGCGGUAUUAUGACCUUUAGGCGGAUGGCGAUGAAGGUCAUUGACCAGCAUAAGGCGACCUAUGACCCCAACGAUAUGCGUGAUAUUGUUGACUUGUACAUUGCUGAGUUGCGGAAGGGAAAGGAUGCCAAGAUCCCGAUUGAUGAAUCCUACGUGUGGAUUAAUGUUGGGGAGAUAUUUGGAGCCGGGGCGGACACCACGAUCAACUCACUGAUGUGGGCGGUGCUUGAAAUGACGAUGAGGCAGUCAGUGCAAGACAAGGUCAGGCAGGAGAUCCACGAGGUUCUCGGAACCCACCAGCCACCGAGAAUGUCUGACCGGGGGAAACUGCCCUUUACCCAGGCAGCCGUCAUGGAGUCGUUCCGCCUCCGACACCCCGGUCCCACCGGGUCCCUCCACAGGACUACGGCCCCUAUGCAACUAGCAAGUUUUACCAUACCGGAGGAUACAUUCGUGACCAGUCCGCAGUGGAGUAUGCAUCGGGAUCCUCGUGAGUUCAAGAAGCCGUACGAGUUCGACCCGGGUAAUUUUUUGACCAAAGAGGGCAAUUUCUACGAGCCGAAGGGGUUCAUGCCCUUUGGUGUUGGUCCACGUAUAUGUAUCGGGGAGUCACUGGCACGAGCUGAACUCUUCAUGUUCUUCGCAACUCUCAUGCAGAGAUUCAAAUUUGUGUUAGCUCCGGGUCAGGUCAUUCAGGGAGACGGCCAUGGGCAUUUUGGAGCUACCUACACCCCUAAACCAUUCAAAGUUCGACUGACUGCCGUAGCGUAACGGGGCACCACACAUGCAGUUCAUGAAUUCAUCAAUUUGUAGUCAGUUUAAUCAUCUGUUUCUGUAUUUUGUUCAACUGAUUAUAAUAUUCUUAUUAUUAUUAUUAUUAUUAUUAUUUUUUUUUUUUUUUGGGGGGGGGGGUGAAUAUAUACAUCUCAUCAUGAAUAGAUUGUCAAUAACCUUUAAUUUAUUUAAUGGUGUUUGA